AAACAGUCAGAAGAAGACAUGGAUGGUCGUACUGCAGUGGAGACCAAGGUACUGAUUGAUCCACAGCCCAUGGAUGACCUGAGGAUCGUGCUGUUUGGGAAGACCAGGGUUGGUAAAAGUACUCUAGGAAACAUCAUCAUGGGGAACACAGAGACUUUCACCUCAAAGGAUUCGUCCAAAGAUCGCACACAGAAAUCCCACAGCACUGUGGAAGGUCAAAAAGUGGCUGUUGUUGAUACUCCAGGUCUGUUUAAACCUGGAAAACAUGAAGAUGAGCUGGUGAACGAGAUCAAGCGAUCCAUUGAUCUUGCCAGUCCUGGUCCUCAUGUGUUCCUGCUGGUGCUGAGGCUCGGUAUGAUCACCUCUGAAGAAUUAGAGGUACUGGAGGUUUUUGAACGCACCUUUGGCAGACGUGCAUUGGCCUACACAACAGUGGUGUUCACCCAUAGAAAUGAAGAUGAAGACUAUGAAGCUAACAUACAGGAGGCUAUGAUCGAGAGUAAGGAUUUCAGAGAACUCAUUGAGCAGUGCCAGUGGAGAUAUUUUGCUUUUAACAUUGAAGACAAAAGUCCUGCUCAGGUCACCGAGCUGCUGAAGAAGAUAACACCGAUGGGAAAAGAUUACUUCUACACUCCUGACAUGCUCCAAGAGGCUGGAAAACCGGACGAGCAGGACGAAAAACCAAAAACAGCAGAAACAACAGGCAGGCGUGCGCUUCUGGAAAGGACUGGAUUGGUGGGAAUCAUUUUGGGAUCUGUGGGGGGAUAUUUACUUGGAGGUGGUGAGCUGACGUCUACAUCGGGAGCUUUACUGGGAGCUUUAGGGGGUUCAGUACUGUUGAUGGGAACAACAGCUUUAGCGAUGAAGGCCAAAACGCUCACUGAGAAAUGCUGCAAAAAGUGAGUUUUUAGUCCUACUGGGGGAUUUUGAUUUAGUUAAGCUCUUCAAACUGAGUUAACCACAUCUAAUUUUCAUAUUUCAGGAAGGGUUUUUAAGACAGAGUCAGUGGUUUGCAGAGUAGUUUACAGUGAAAUAAGUACUAACUACCAUGGGCGCUUCAGUGUUGGUGGAGGGGAGGGCAACACGAUUACUGGAUACUUUCAUUACUGGGAAACAAACCUAAAACAGAACAUCACUUUCCUUUUGGAAGCAGGUUUCCACCUGAUGAAAGUACCACUCACAGGAGACAAUGUCUCAUAAUAAUGACUCAUGUCAGGUGUGAAUAUAUCACAGGAAGUGGACAGUCUGGAAACCUGACCAGAACCAGAUGUUUAGCUGUGUUGGAGCAUCUAAAAGAAAGUCUGUGAGGCGCUCAGCAGAGAGUGAUGAGGAGGAGAACGACCGCGGUGUUUGGAUCUGCUGCUGACGUCUCAGAGCUCGAUUGUACGAGUUUCCAAAAGCAGCUGAAUGACUGGAGGCUCUGAGCUCCACGCUGUGGGACUCCACCACCACCCUGCCAGAUGGGAGCUUU